UUGAAACGAAAACUCGGACUGAAGCAAAAACUGAAAUUUGACUAAACGAAGGCGAAAAUAGUCAGUUAAUAAUUGUAUAAUAAAGUGGCGUUGUUUUAUGUUAAUGUACACAUUUUCUCCUUGACGUCACCAAACAAGCUAUUUCUUGUCACAGAAAUUUGCAGACGCUACGGCGAGGCAGUGCACCUCUACCAAAAGGCAAAGCUUCAGCGGAAUUCCAGCUUACCGCGGGCCUCAGUGUGCUUGUAAAUGGUGAGCUUGGAGUUGUUCGAUACAUUGGUCCAGCGGAGUUCGCAGAAGGAACCUGGUUGGGCGUAGAAAUGAGGAAGCCAGUUGGAAAGAACGACGGCUCAGUAAAUGGCAAGAAAUACUUCAGUUGCAAACCUCAACAUGGCCUCAUGGUUCGCCCGAGUCGAGCCACUUGUCGAGGAAUCAAUUGCGCCAAGUUAAUCAACGAAAUGGAAUCUGGACUUCUUGCGUAACACUAGUGGCAAUCCCGAGAGGUGCCGAAGAUUGUCAGCGACUACUUGUCAACGAUGUUUGAGUCUUGGGUUUUGGCUGGGAGUACAUGCUUUGUUUUUCCGAGAGUGUCCCGAAGAUUGUCCGACAACGGUAGACAUAGACACCGAAUGGUACAGGAAGCAAAUCGAAGCCGACUAUAUCUCGACGAAUGUCGAAGACAAGAGAGGGUCAAGGUACUUUAUAAUACCUUGAUCUUCUCUUGCCGAAGAUAAAUAUUAUCACAAAAGUGGUUUCACCCAAGACGAGUUCGCUGCGAACUUACUGAACGUAAAAAGAUAUGUUUGACUUUUCUCACUGAGUAGCUUUUAACAUCUUUUAGUCUCCUAUUUCAGAUAAAGAUGGCCGUUACACAUACAUGCGCAAAUUAAUUUAAGUUAAAAAAAAAUAUCCGUUCUGAAGAAUAGCUCGUGUCAGUCAGUUCGCAAAAUAUUUGCAUUAUCGGAAAGUUGCGUGUUUUUAGUCCUAUGAUAUUCAGAUAUCCUUUUGUAGUAGUCAUCAAAGUCCUCUAAAAAAUCUUACGUUUUUAUGGCGUCACUAUGAUACAUGUUGGUCGUUUUGUCAACCGAUUAACUGCAAAUUCUGUCAUAACUAUAUUAGUUUUGCAUUAGAUUGCUAAUUGCAUUAGUAACACCAAACUCGUCACCCGCAGCUUCACGUGUCGAAAGUCAAACUGGUGCGGGUGAUUUUGGUUUACCGCUGUGUUUUAGGUUUUACAAGUCAUAAGGAAACUGCUCUGUCGUGAAAGUGCAAUUGCUAUGCUUUCAUUUGAGUAUUGUGCUUACAUCAACUACUUUCUUAAAAUUUAGCAGGGUGAACUCUUUGUAGGAAGAUAGGUCAUCUUUGCGCGGGAAAGGUUAUAUAAGCUUAGGAUAAGAGAAAGAGUCAUCGGCGCUAUUUUUAGUCUUGAUGAUUCCUUGAAGCUCAAUACUAAAAUCAUUAGACACUCAAGGGUGAUGGUUGGAUUUUGUUGAAUAGCGCUUAACAAAAAACAGGAAACUAUUAGAAGCAAACAUGGUUAAUGACGCUGGGGAUAAAAAUGGAGUAAAAACACGUUUGAAAACUCAGGGCUUACAUUUUCAAUGCUAAUUUUGUCUCAAAAUCCUUCCAAAUUUUGGAAAAAACAAAACAAAACAGGAAAACUUCGAAUUUUCCGUUUUUAUUGCAAGUAAUGUACCCUUUUACAGUAUCGCUAUUAUUUUAUUCUGUUGGCGAAUUAACGUGAGAAGUAAACUAUAUACUUAGUGAAGCUGGUACAUUUGUUAAUUAUACUUCCUCAGUUUUGGAGAAUGCCUACAACUUUGUCGUACUUAAAAUAAAUAUUAAAAAAUGACAAUUGGCUUUUCAAGGGCUAUAGAGUUAUAUUUUUAUUAUCUUAUGAAGUGAGAAUAUGUGCGUGAUAUAUCAUAUUAUUUAUUGUAUACGCAGAAUAAUAAAAACAGUGUAGCAAAAUAAAGCAUAGAGUUCAAUUAUUGUCUAUGAUUGUCCACCCUUUUACUGCAAAAAAAUGACCAGGAUAUGAGAGGAUAAUGCUAAUUUUCGGUUUACACUGACACGCUCCAACGUCCCUCAGCAGUACUUGCGUUCUCAUCGUGUAUGCGACCUCAAAAUUCAGCGGCGUCACCAAAACUUUCAAGGUUUUUUCGAUGAGCUGUAAAUAUCUGAAAAGUCGUGCUAACGGUUCCAGUUUCGAGCGAGGUUGACUUUAAACGGAGUGCUAAAAACGCGCGCGGUUUUCCCUUUCAAUGCGUACUGUCCUCAUAACACUUUUAAAAAAGUUUGACAACGUUUCUUUCUCAUUAUACUGAUAGGACGUGUGAUACAAAACAAAAGCACCGGUUGGACGAUUUAGUGUUAUGAAUGGAGAGAGAGGUCUUCGUCGUUUCUGUCCAGAAAGAGUAAAAAACUAGCUGUUUCAACUUUUCCCAGCUUAUUCGCCUAACACUAGCGGUCGUUUAAUAAUAUGGACGCCUCAAAGGUACUUGAAAAAAUUAGAUCGUCAUAAAACGCUUUGUGUGGCUGCAAUUGAAGCAAAUUGCUGAGCUAAAAACAGAAAAAAAAUAGUAAAACAAGUCCUUUGAUUGGAAAUGGAAUCUCGCAGCAUAACUAACAUUUUCCGCCUCUUGCAAUAUUCACAUACUGCAGGAAAAAUCGCUUGAUUGAUGUGUUUUUGCGAUCAUUUAACUAAUGAAUCCGUGAAUAAUUAUUGUUUCAUGUAUAUAUUUUUGUUCAUCCCGCCGAUAUCGCAGCUGAUCAUGUGAAAUCAAAUUUGUCGCAAAAUGUACACAAGGUGUCUAUCUUAAGCUUUUUCUGUUCAAAGCACGCGUGUAGUUACUGUUUAAUAUUUUUUUAUUAUCAGCAACUGUCCAGUCCCGAAAAUUUGCUGAACGCGAGUUUGACGAUAACAGAUCACUUUUUUCUACAUCCACCUGUCACGAACUACGAUAUUUUGUGUCAUCGUGAUAUUGAACUAAACGGAAACUCGCAAGUGUUCUUUCUCACGAAAAAGUGUGUUUAGCGUUUUGUCACCUUUUGUGGUUUUUCGAUUUUAUGAAUAAGAUAUAACAAGAGAUCUGCCAUCGGAAAAAAAAGAAAAUUACGUGUAGAACCUCGUUGGCUUUAAUUAAGUCAAACCUGAGUGACAGAUGGUCGGUAUCCGAGCGACAGGACGACAAAAACAACAUGGGAAUAUCUGAUUGCACAGCCUAUGUCAUUUGCAUUUGACGACAAAGUGGACCAUUGCGACAAGCUUGGUUGAGUGAAGGCGGCUUCUCAUGGUAUUACGCUUAUUGUACCCUAGGGAAAAAAAGGCUAAGACUUAUGUAUAAAUAGUUUCCAUUCAGAGAAUGGGUAUUUCUUCGGUGAACAACGGAGCGGGUCAAUCUGAUGUUUCACUUGGCAAAUGGAACGCGUAGCUUUUGAGUUUCAUCCCCGGUUUGUUUACAUGACUCACAACAACCGCUCUGAAAAAUAUGGCCGACUCGGACAUAUUAAACUGUUCAGAUCGAAGUGUCGUUUCAAAACCCGGCUGUUCAACAUCGGGCGCUGUUGUUGCAGAAAUGUUCAUGCUAUCAACGAUUUUUGUGGGGUCCCUUCUCGGCAACGGACUAAUUUUGCUGGUUAUUCAUCGAAGUCGCCGUAGCGAAUGGACCACAAACUACUUUGUUUUGAGUUUGGGUUUGACGAAUCUUACGAUUCCCUUCAUGUGCGUUCUUUGGACCAUGAUCUGGAUCAUGAGCGGGUCGUGGUUAUUCGAUAAUGUAACAUGUAAAUUUACGUUCUUUUUCCACUUCCUAAACGCAGGAGCAUCUGCCGGUCUCCUCGCUUGUAUUUCCCUGGAUCGAUUUUACAUCAUCGUGCAUCCGUUGAAGUUUAAAAUGAGCCGUUCCCAAACCAAAGAACUCAUCAUUUUUGUGUGGAUCUUCAUGGUUUGUUCGUCGGCGCCAGCUUUGUACUUCUUUCAAUCGACGGAAGACGGCUUCUGCCUUCCCGACUUCAAGACAGUGGAAUGGAAAGUCUUUGUUAUGCUGUUCUUCUUAAUUGCUUUUAGUGUUCCUCUUCUCUUCACCGUUGUGAUGUACUUACGAGUAACAUACGCCGUGAUCACUCGAAAUAUGCACGCAAAGAAUUAUCCGAACAGUUUCAGAAGGCACGCGUUCCGCGUACCUCGCUCGAAAAUAAAAGUAUUGCGAAUGCUGUUUCUUCAAUGGCUUGUGUUUUUAACUUGUUGUUUUCCGUACUUCCUUAGCCUCGUUCUACAUUCGUUGGAGAAAAUUUCACUAUCACACAGCUUAAAUGUAAGUCUGUUACUGCUUUCGUUCUCGAAUGCAACAUUAAACGUGGCCAUCUAUGCCCUUUUCAGUGGGGAUUUUCGCCAAGGAUGCAAAAGAGUUUUCUGUAAGCCCGAUUCGUCGCAAGCAUACAGGCUCACUUCUCUAGGGCGAAAACAUCGCAUCGCUCCUUUUGAAUUUAGUUCUGACCACGGCGAAGGAAUGGAAUUCAGACUACCCGAACAUAAACCAGUUGAAAAAAACAAUCAUAGCAACCAAGGCCGUGGAGGAGCCAAUGGUUAUUUUAAUACUUUAGAUAAACAAACCCAAGCUUGGGUUGUGAGAAGUAACAGUGAACGACAAGCGAGCAUUUAGAAUUCAUGCUCGAUACAAAUAGUGAUGCUAACUUGACUAACGACCAGCACGGCUGGCCGUGGAGGUAACUUAAUUUUAAUAUGAAUACUAACUUGCUAUUGUGGCAGAGAGUCUCAAUUUGCAAGACAGGAAAAAAUCGUGAUCAAAAUAUUAUUAUACAAAUUUUUCUCGCAGCCAUGUUUGUGUGUUAAAUAUCCGAAUACAAAAAUUGUAUCGAGUCGUCGGCUUUACAGUUUCUAUUUAUAAUACUUAAAUCGUAUAUUUAAAAAUAUCUAAGGAAAAUUGUUUUAAGAACGGUCAUUUUUGUCCAAAUUAUUUCCAACCGGCGAAACCAUUUCUUGCAAAACUCCAGAUGUCAGGUGUACCACGAUGUUAUUUAUUCAGACAAGCGCCUAUCGGCAAAGUGGCUUGAUUUACGGAAAAUAUUAAAGAGCGUAGAAAUAGAAAUAAUUGUAUCUUGGUGACUGAUCGGACAAUUCAAUGUAAAAAUAGAAGCUAUGAAACAAGAUUGUAUUUAUAAUUAUAUGAGAGAAGAUUUACUGAGCAAUCGCUCUUAAUAAAAUGUAUAAAAUGUG